AUAAGCACACCGUUUCGUUGACCUCUGAAAUCGAUGCACACGGCAUGCACAGUCAUCCACAAGACAAAACGACCGCCAGCCAUGGCGACCGGCCCUUCGACGAAUGCUGGUCAAAAGAGCAGGCGGAAAAGGGUCGUUGCUGUAAAACCCAGCUACAACUACUGCAAGACAUGCAGGGCCCGCAAGCUCAAAUGUGGGGGGGAGCGGCCAUCCUGCCAGCGAUGUUUGAAGAACGGCUUGGAAUGCAGCGGGUAUGCCAGUUGGGAACUUUCGCUCCCCGAAGAGACGCACGAGCCGCCAUCACUGAGCGCCGUCGCCCAGAGAUACGCAAAUCGCAUGCAGCUACUCGCCCACUUGCUCGAGGAUCGUUUCCCAAAGGGCAUGCCUGUAAGCCCUGAGGCGGGACAUGUGCGCGGCUUGUCGCUCCCACAUCUCUGUGCCGACAUGGACGUCUCAAGCCCGUUGCUUAAUCAGGCCAUCGAUGCUCUUUGCGUCACCAACUUUGCGCGCGUGGAGGGGAGCACGUGGGCACUUCACGCUGCGUGCGCAUCGCGCAGCACCUUGUUCGGCAUGCUGCACCAUUCCGUGAAUAGCCAUGUGAACAAGCCGAAUUCACAGAGCGCUCGAGACAUUGUCAUGACCAUCAUACUAACGAGCAUAAUGGCUCAGCUCAAUGGCGACUCCACGACAAUCCAUCUCGAAGGUGGAAUACACUUCAUUGCAACCCGCGGCCCGUCGUUCCUUGAUGACAGGACGCGUCUCGAUGCCGUGACACGCCGCCUGGUGCAAAUCUAUUCGUACCCCAUGUCGCUGGCACGCCGAAAAGACAUCCUCUACAAAAGUCCGACAUGGAAGCGGGCGCCGCGGGUGUGGUUACAAGACGAAGUCGCUGUCCACAGAGCGACUGGGUUCGUCAAAUCAUCACACCCCUCGGCGCACGACGCUCAGACCCCGGCGCCGAACGACCGGAAUCUUCAGCGCGACUUUAUCGCUCCACUACCUCGACUCUUGGAGACUGCCGAUGCAUAUUGCCAAGCCCGAAGCUUAGAUGCAUUGCCACCGGCUUUCCUUGAGGACUUGGAAGCGAUGUGCAAGCGAUACGAUGAUCUUCAGGUGAGAUGCCUUACCCCGGCCAUACUAGAGGGCGAAAAGACGCAAGGCCCAAAGAUCACCAAUGAGGAGCUGGAAGAAUUCGACAUGAACAUUGAAGAGCAUCGCUUUCUUUGCAGUCCCCGAAACGACCAGGUGCGCGAGCAUCAUCAAUUCAUUGGACCAGAAUAUGCGUUCCCGGCCACCCUCCUACGCAUUUCUGGCCUGCUGGCGGACACUGCUCUGCUCCAGGUUAUCUGCUGUGGAGAGGAUCGCGAUCAGCUAUCACCUAAUAGAUUUGGAAGCUCGAAAGCGGACAUCGAGCAGCGAGCCGCGUGGAAGGCGUGGGAGCUCUGCCGGCUAGUCCACUGCUACAGCCAGCGAUCCCUGACCGCGGCAAUAAUGAUGCAGGCCCACGUUUCUGGCGCCAUGUACUUUUUCGAGAGCUACGGAGAUGAAGCGGCGCGACGCUGGUGUGAGGACUGCCUCGAGGCGACGGCGCGGCGGAUCGAACGACUGCGGGCGAGCACCGUAUCUUUAUGUCCGGUAGUGUCCACUUUUAUGGUCCUGACGCGCGGCUGCAGGUACAAACACAAGGCCAAUGCAUGGAGACGGAUCCAGCCUCAAACCGGCGGCAGUGUCGUGUCGCCUCCUUCAGGUGCCUGAAGCUCGCUGAAAUCACACCGAAGGAAAGUCGUCUUCCAUUCCGCUGCUGUGUGCGCAGAGGUGAAGGCGCCGGUCGGCUUGCUCGACGUCCGGAGAUCGGGUGAUGUCUGAACAGUGACCACGUCAUGUUCAGUAGACCUUGUACGUUUACACA